UUGGAAAAGGACACCCUUUCCUCACCCCUGUUUUCAUCUUAGAGAUUGCCACAAAUAAAGCCAGCAUGGUCUUCUUGGUGGCCCAAAGGGGGCAGGGGGUCACACUGUUAUGAAACAGUCCUCUGGGUAUGCUGAGCGGGACGUCACAAGUUCAGACAACGGUUGGCAGCUUGUGGUACGAGGCAGCUUUGGGAUGGUACCAGUGAAAGCGAAUGGGCUUUGGGAAGGGGGUCAGGGAGGCCAGUCCAGCAGACAGCCCAGAGACUGUCCUCUCUGGGGAGUUGGGGCUUGGACCCCUGCUUGCCUUGCAGAAAGGCAGGUGCAGAGACUCAGGGAGAAGGCCUUGGGAGGAGAUCACAGCCUCACUGCAAGGCCUAGGACAGACCUGGAAGGUGGACACAAGGAAGCCAGGUGCCACCACCUCCAGGAUUCUUUGUUCAGCUCUGACAGCGGCUUUAGCAACUACCGUGGCAUCUUGAAUUGGUGUGUGGUGAUGCUGAUCUUGAGCAAUGCACGGUUAUUUUUAGAGAACCUCAUCAAGUACGGCAUCCUGGUGGACCCCAUCCAGGUGGUGUCUCUGUUCCUGAAGGACCCCUACAGCUGGCCUGCCCUGUGCCUGGUUAUUGUGGCCAACGUCUUUGCUGUGGCUGCGUUCCAGGUGGAGAAGCGCCUGGCAGUGGGUGCCCUGACGGAGCAGGCAGGGCUGCUGCUGCAUGUGGUCAACCUGGCCACCAUUCUCUGCUUCCCGGCGGCUGUGGCCUUGCUGCUCGAGUCCAUCACUCCAGUGGGCUCCGUGCUGGCUCUGAUGGUGUACACCAUCCUCUUCCUCAAGCUCUUCUCCUACCGGGAUGUCAACCUGUGGUGCCGAGAGAUCAGGGCUAUGAAGGCCAAGACUAAGGCUGCUUCUUCAGGUAGGGCAGCCAAUGGAGGAGCUGCCCACUGCACGGUGAGCUACCCGGACAACCUGACCUACCGUGAUCUGUACUACUUCCUCUUUGCCCCUACUCUGUGUUACGAACUCAACUUCCCCCGCUCCCCCCGCAUCCGAAAGCGCUUCCUGCUGCGGCGGCUCCUUGAGAUGCUGUUCUUCACCCAGCUCCAGGUGGGGCUGAUCCAGCAGUGGAUGGUGCCCACCAUCCAGAACUCCAUGAAGCCCUUCAAGGAUAUGGACUACUCACGCAUCAUUGAGCGCCUCCUGAAGCUGGCGGUCCCCAACCACCUCAUCUGGCUCAUCUUCUUCUACUGGCUCUUCCACUCCUGCCUGAACGCCGUGGCUGAGCUCAUGCAGUUUGGAGACCGGGAGUUCUAUCGGGACUGGUGGAACUCUGAGUCCGUCACCUACUUCUGGCAGAACUGGAAUAUCCCUGUGCACAAGUGGUGUAGCAGACACUUUUACAAGCCCAUGCUCCGACGAGGCAGCAGCAAGUGGGUAGCCAAGACGGGGGUGUUCCUAGCCUCGGCCUUCUUCCACGAGUACCUGGUGAGCAUCCCCCUGCGCAUGUUCCGCCUCUGGGCCUUCACUGGCAUGAUGGCUCAGAUCCCGCUGGCCUGGAUUGUGAGCCGCUUCUUCCGGGGCAACUACGGCAAUGCAGCUGUGUGGCUGACACUCAUCAUUGGGCAGCCAGUGGCCGUGCUCAUGUAUGUCCACGACUACUACGUGCUCAACCAUGAGGCCCUGACGGCAGGGGCCUGAGCUGCUCUGGGGCCAGCCCUCCUCACUGCCGCCUCCUCAUGUCUGCCUCACUGUCCACAGCUAGAGCCUGCCACUGCCUGUGUUCUGGGGAGGGGGCCUGGCUGCCCACACCUCCUCUCGGCCACCGGGAGGUCUCUCUGCCCCUAUGGGGCUCCCUCCUAUCGCCUCAGGGAUGGCGGAUGGGGCACAGGCCAGUGCCAGCAGGUGCCAGUGCCCUAGGAAUCCGUGCUGAUCCUGCCCGAGGGUCUGAGGAUAUCAAUAAAAUGCUGUCCAGAGUGAC